AUGAGCAACAGUGGUGAACUAGUAACAACAGAUGAGGAGAAGGCUGAGAUUCUAGUGGCUUUCUACAGUGGAGUGUCCACUGAUGGCAUCAGUGGACAAAGGAAAACCUACAUAUGUCAUCGAUCUGGACCUCUGCAAGGCCUUCGACACGGUCACUCACAACAUCCUCUCUCUAAAUUGGAGAGAUAUGGGUUUGAUGGAUGGACUGGUAUUGUGGUAAAUGGCCUGAUUAACGUUAGUAUUUCAACAAUUGAGAAGCGUUAUGAGUUGAACAGUUCCCUCACUGGCUUAAUCUCUGCAAGCUAUGACAUUGCUUUUUGUAUAUUGUCACUGUUUGUAUCUUUCUUUGGAGAAAGAGGACACAAACCACGAUGGCUUGCUUUCUCAGCCUUUAUGAUAGGAUUGGGCUCACUUACUUUUUCCUUACCACACUUCAGCAGUGGAAAAUACCACUAUGGAACUAAAAUUGAAGACACAUGUCAAAUUCCAGGAACAACCUCUGCUAACUUCACUUGCAGUACCAGCACAAAGUCUUCACUUCCCAACUAUCUAUAUAUCUUUAUCCUGGGACAGCUGAUGCUGGGAAUUGGAGGAACUCCACUGUAUACUUUGGGUACAGCUUUUAUUGAUGAUUGUGUCCCAAAACACAAGUCUUCUCUUUAUAUAGGAAUUGGCUAUGCCAUGUCACUGUUGGGCCCUGCUAUUGGCUAUGUCUUAGGAGGCCAACUACUUAAUAUCUAUAUAGAUAUCCAGAUCCCAGGAAGUGCAAAGAUGAGUCAAGAUGACCCACGUUGGCUUGGAGCAUGGUGGAUACCGUUUCUUGGGUGCUUUUUUGCAGUUUGGCUCCUUAUAAUACCUUUUUCAUGCUUUCCAAAACACCUGCCAGGAACAGCAAAAAUACAGGCUGAAAAAGUCUCUGAAACACAUAAUGAUGGAAGUGAGGCACUUGUCGAGGCCAAGAAUAUUGGAAAAAGUUUUAAAGACUUUCCCGUGGCUCUCCUGAUUCUGUUGAAGAAUCCAGUACUUAUGACCCUAAUACUAGCAAGUUCUUCAGAAGCACUAGUUGCCACUGGCUUUACCACAUUUCUACCAAAGUUUAUAGAAAAUCAAUUUGGAAAGACAUCAAGUUUUUCAGCAACUCUUGGAGGGCUCGUGUUAAUUCCAGCAGCAGCACUAGGCCAAAUCAUAAGUGGCCUUUUGGUUUCCAAGUGCAAAAUGGAUUGCAGAAGCAUAAUCAAGUUCAUGAUAGGCACUUACACAGUGGCCCUACUAUUAAACACAGUGUUUUUAUUUGCUAAGUGUGGGAAUGAGCCUUUUGCAGGUGUCUCUGAAACAUAUAAUGGGACAGGUACACUACAUAACUUGACUGCACCAUGCAAUGCUGACUGCAGAUGUUUGCGAUCUGUGUACUACCCGGUUUGUGGAAGAGAUGAAGUUGAAUACUUUUCUCCCUGUUUUGCAGGAUGUGCAUCACGUUUUUUUAACAACAUGAAAAAGACAUACCACAACUGCUCCUGUAUUGGGAAACCAAAAAGAGAAAGUGUUUCAGAGGAUUUUCUUUAUGAAGCUGUCCCUGGGAAAUGCCCAACACAAUGCAAAUUAUUACCUUUAUUUCUGACCUUCUUCUUUUUUGCUGUCAUUUUUACAUAUAUGGCUGUUACUCCAACAACUGUGGCCAUUCUCAGGUGUGUGUCAGAUAAACAACGUGCGUUUGCUCUUGGAGUACAGUCUUUGUUUCUACGACUACUGGGUACUAUUCCUGGUCCAAUUUUGUUUGGUGUUGCUAUAGACAACAGUUGUACUCUCUGGGAUAUUAAUGAAUGUCACGUUAAAGGAGCCUGUUGGGUUUAUGACAAUGAAAGAAUGGCUUAUCUGCUGAUGGGCAUAAGUGCUAUUUGCAAGAUCAUCACGGUUAUCGCUGUGGUCAUGGCAAUAUGGUUGUAUAAGCCUCCACCAGCAAGUUCAGCCCUGUCAGGAAAGAAUUCAGAAAUGGUAUCUGCUGUGGAGGUUAAGUAUACAACUAAAGAUCCCGUAUAA